UCACCGACGAAAAAGCAAAACUUAAACUUUUUUUUAACCUCUUUUUGAAAAGUUAAAAAUAAUAUCUGUGAGGAUGUAACGUCCGAGUGGUUCGGAUUCACCACGCGACGAAAAACGGAGCGAAAAUCAGAGCGGCGCGGGAGGAGGUUUAGCGCCAAUUUAAAUGAACUCCCGCGGGUGACGUCACAGAACUCCGACUCAUCUGUUCUGAGGCGCGAGCCGGAGCAGCAGGCUGGACCAGAACAAAAGCGGCGGAGGAGUCCUAACCGCUGCCACGAGACCACCUUUGAACACCUGAGCCGAAGAAGAGUGAACUUCACAGGCAGGAAGCCUGAGGUUUGCUCUGAAGCUUUCCGAGGCGCGUGCGAGGAUAAUGCGGGGACAACAGGAAGAGAAGGAACCAAAGUCUGCUGCUGAAGGAGCUCCUAAAGACAACCCAGGGCGACAGAGGAAGAGGAAGGCAGAUGUUGCCAUUUUUUUACCCGACUUGGAUGAAGACGUAAAGGAGAUGACAAAGAAAAAGCACCGCGAGUCUGAGAUGAGCUGCCGUCUGGAUUAUGGAAGCCCUCGGAGCUCGAGCCCCACCCCUCUGCAGGAGGAGGACCAGCAGGCUUCGCUCACCAGCGCCGGCCUCUUUCACUACGACUUCCACAACAUCUUUGUAACGCCUGUUCACUGCACUCCGCUCCCUGCGCUGUGCUGGGCCAGUAAGGAUGUGGUGUGGAACAACAUGCUGGAGAAGGACAGGACCUACAGCAGAGACGUCCACAUGCUGCAGAAACAUCCACACCUGCAGCCCAACAUGAGGGCCAUCCUGUUGGACUGGCUGAUGGAGGUCAGCGAGGUUUACAAACUGCACAGAGAGACUUAUCACCUGGCUCAGGACUACUUCGAUCGCUUCAUGGCCAGACAGACGAACAUCUUCAAAUCCACCCUGCAGCUCAUCGGCAUCACUUGUCUCUUCAUCGCAGCCAAAGUGGAGGAGAUGUAUCCUCCGAAGGUGCAUCAGUUUGCCUACGUCACAGAUGAAGCCUGCACAGAAGAUGAGAUCCUCAGAAUGGAGAUCAUUAUAAUGAAGGAGUUGAACUGGAGUCUCAGUCCUCAGACUCCCAUCUCCUGGCUCAACGUCUACAUGCAGGUGGCCUACCUGAAGGACACCGAUGAGCUGCUGAUCCCCAAAUACCCUCAGGAGACCUUCACGCAGAUCGCAGAGCUGCUGGACCUCUGUAUGCUGGAUGUGCAGUGCCUGGAGUUCUCCAACGGCGUUCUCGCUGCAUCUGCUCUGUUUCACUUCUCCUCCCUGGAGCUGGUGGAAAACGUUUCAGCUCUGAAGAGGGUGGAGGUGGAGGAGUGCGUGAGGUGGAUGGUGCCGUUCGCCAUGGCGCUGCGAGAGGCCGGCGGGUCGCAAAUGAAGAUCUUUGCAGGAAUCCCAGCGGACGACAUGCACAACAUCCAGCGCCACGCAUCCUACCUCACAUGGCUGGACAGGGCCUACUCCUACAAGGACGCGGAUCUGAAACAGCACAGCGGCUGCCCCGUCCCCUCCGGCGUCCUGACUCCACCUCUGAGCAGUGAAAAAACAGAAGAGCUGAACGGAGCCGAAGCUGCAGGGCCAAAAAUCAGACCAAGGAUGUGCACGCCUCCCCCUGAGCCCCACCUCCACCAGUAGAAAAAGACAGAUUUCUACUCUUAUUAAGCUGAAACUGAAAGAAGGUGAGGCGGAAAAACGUUUACUGGUUGGUUUGAUAUGGAAGGAAGUCGGUGCGUCUGGAGAAAUGACAUCGAAGGCGACGCAGCCUUCCUGUCCCUGCAGACACGUCGUCCUCUCAGCGAAUCGAGGUUUCACAGGUUCUUUACUUGAUGGCGUGCAUUUGUUUGACAGUGGUUUAGCGUGUGUGGUAAUUUUGUUUUUAUCAUUUUUCAUCUUACUUGCCCAUUUAACUAUUUCUAGGGCCAUGUUUGGUCCUAUGUGCUGCUACGAAGUGGGCUUUGCAUGAUGGGGAAUGUUUUGUGCAAGAUUAAAAGGAUUAUUUUAUUUUUCUCUUUGGCUGAAUUGUGGCCAUAAUUAGUUUUAUUUUUCUUUGGGAUCCGUAGCUUGGCUACCUCAAAGAACAGCAGAACUAGCCAGGCUUUAAAAGCUGCAACAUAGAGUAUCUUUCAUUUCCUUUGUUUU